AAGAACUGUUUCCACCUUGCAUUCAGAUACAGCCAUCAUCUGUUCUGUGUACAGAUCCCUCCAAAAAAUAGAGUAGGAAUAAGUGAGCACAUAAAGGUCUUACUCCAUCCUACCAUCACUAUUACAACUGGGCAUCUGUGUCCCUCCCUGCUUAUUGGGUGUUGAAGCAGUAUAAGUCUGUCUUUCUGAAACUGCUUUUCCCUUUAAAAAAUCUGUUUUUCAAUUGCUUUUCUAUUUAUAUUAAUGUGAAUUAUGAUUAAGCAAUCAGGAACAUGUAAUAGUUUUAACAGAGUUUUUGUUUAAUUAUUUGCUUGGUUUUGUUUACUUUUUUUGUUUCAAGUUUUUUUUUCUGCUAUCUCAUUCUUAAGCAAGCUCCUAAGACCACCUUUAGUUUGCUUUCCUAGGACAGCACUAAAGAAUUUUCUUUUUACGGUGUAAUACUUACUGCUGUUCCAAAACUCAAAAGUAUUUUUACAAGGACUUUUAAUUCCUUCUUCUGUUGGCACCGCUUAUCAGGUCAGAUUAUUAAACAUAACUGACGUGUGAGAGACUGACGUGUGGGAGAAAGUCCCAGAGUAUCUUAUGAUCAGGUAUUUAUAGUGAGCUAUUAAUGGACAUGGGCUCUACAGAGAUUGUUUACAAUCCUGAAAAUGUCACUUUCAGCUUAAUAAUCACUUCUUCAAAGGCGGAGAUUUUCCCUCUUUCAGAAGGUGAGGAAACCUAGUAUAUUUUCUCAAUUCAUAGGAAAAUUAGUAGUAUUUUCAGGAAAAAGAAGUAGUCUAUGUACUCAUUGAGGCAUAGUAAAAUCAAUUACUAACAGUUUCUUACUGUAUAUGUUGCUAAUAUAUUUCUCUUUUUUGCUAUAUAUAUAAAAUUACAGAGCAAGGCCUUGCAAUCACACAUUAGGUGAACCAGGUAACAAAUUAAAUUAUGCAGAUUUGCUAUGAAUUAUUGCUGCCCAACUUUAAGAUGUUUCUAGAAUUAUUCAAGCUUUGCAGUUGACAUGUUGACAACUUCCUUAAAUUUCCUGUGCUCAUUCAUUUUGCCAAGUUAUUUAUUAACUUUCAGUUUUAUUUAUUAAUUCUAUUUUACCUUGCCCUGUACUUUUGUUUUGUUUUGCUUUGUCAGGCCAGCUUUCUUGAAAGACAGAAGUGGAAGUUUUGAUAAGGUAAAAUAGAUGAGAGGUUUGAGCCUAACAGAACAUCUGAGCUCUUGAAUAUGCCAAGAACAGCAUGACUGCUUAAGCAUAGAACAGUGUAGUCAUUUAUUUUAAGCUGUGUUUCAUUUCUCUUGAUACUGACACGGUGUUUGCUGUUUCUAUCACUCCAGAUCUAACCUGAAGAUUUGACAUCUGCUUCUAAUUAAAAAAACAGUGUUUCCCUACAGAAGUAAUUCAUGUGGUGCUGAUUUGCCAUGAAUAAUUCUGUGUAUAUGGUUGAUGGUGAUUCAGAUGAGGAAAUCUCUACCCAGCGAGCUAUUCAGGAAAGCUUACAAGAUAGACACAAAUUUGAAACAAGUGCAGCAGAGGUUGAAAGUUUCCAGUGUACUGCAAGUAAAGAACAUGGGCAGAUCAUUGCAGCAAUUCGGACAGGCCAAGAGGAGGCCUUGAAGAAGUUGGUGAGGCACAGUUCUGCUUUUGAAGAAGCAGAUCAGCAAGGCUGGCUUCCUGUGCAUGAAGCUGCAGCACAGCUAAAUAAGAACAUCCUUGAAAUAACUUUAAAAGCCUCCCGUGACAUUACGUGGGAACAGUCCACUCUAAAAGGGGAAACACCUCUCUUGGUGGCAGUAAGAAAUUGUUUUGUGGACAAUGUCCACUUUCUCCUGCUCAAUGGCUGCAAUCCCAAUGUUAAAAAUGAAGAGGGAGAUUCUCCUUUAGUUAUAGCAGUUAAACUUGAUUCCCAUGACAUUGCCUCCUUGUUGCUACGAUCUGGUGCCAGAGUGAAUUUGCGCUGUGUCCAUGAGAGAACUGCUCUGCAUGAGGCAGCCAGACUGGGCAGGAAGGAUCUGGUACAGCUUCUCCUGGAUUCUGGAGCAGAUCCUGACCCCCGCAGUGGAUAUGGGCUCACACCUCUAGCACUGGCUGCACAGAUGGGACAUACAGAAAUUAUGGAGCUCUUACUGCAAAAAGGUGCAGAUGUUCUUUCACAGGCAAUGGACUGUGCUUCUAUAUUGUUUGAAGCAGCAGGAGGAGGAAAUCCAGAUUCUGUGAGUCUUUUACUAGAAUAUGGGGCUGAUGCCAAUGUACCAAAGCACUCGGGUCAUUUACCAAUCCACAGAGCUGCAUAUAGAGGACACUUUCUAGCUCUCAAAUAUUUAGUUCCAGUGACUGAUUUUUCUGCCAUUAAAGAAAGUGGGAUAAGUCCAGUUCACUCAGCAGCAGCAGGAGCACAUCCUCAGUGCCUUGAGUUUCUCCUGCAGUCGGGUUUUGAUGCCAAUUUUAUGCUGGCUCAGAGGGUUCGCAAAGGCUACGACGACCACCGGAAAUCAGCCCUGUACUUCGCUGUUUCCAACGGGGAUAUCUGCUCAACGCAGCUGCUGCUCAACGCCGGAGCCCUGACAAACCAAGAUCCCAUCAACUGCCUCCAAAUAGCCUUGAGAAUGGGCAACUACGAGUUAAUGAACCUGCUGCUCCGCCACGGGGCCAAUGUCAACUACUUCUGCCGCGUGAACACCACGCACUUCCCGUCAGCUCUGCAGUACGCCCUCAAGGAUGAGGUCAUGCUGAGGAUGCUGCUGAACUACGGCUACGACGUGCACCGCUGCUUCGACUGCCCGUGGGGCAGCGGGGACCACUCCCAGUAUGUGACGGACGGCUGGACCUCCACCGUCAUCAAAGACACCAUGUUCUGUGAAGUGAUAACCUUGUCCUGGCUGAAGCACGUGUCUGGGAAAGUAGUGCGAGUCAUGUUAGAUUACGUUGAUCAUGUUAAGAUUUGCUGGAAGCUUGAAGCAGUUCUCAAAGAACAGGAACUCUGGCCAGACAUCCAUUUCAUUUUAACAAAUCCUCGCUCUCUGAAGCACCUUUGCCGUCUGAAGAUCCGGGCAUGCAUGGGCCGGCUGCGUCUCCGCUGUCCUGUCUUCAUGACCUUCCUUCCACUGCCAAACUGCUUGAAAGAUUACAUCCUGUACAAGGAAUAUGAUCUUUAUGGACAGGAAAACUUCAGAGGGAUCUACAACCUCAACUGUGCAUAAGUUUUGAGCCUCCAGAUUCACCAAAAGGGUUUGUGCGUCUAUCAAAAAAUGAGAACAUUAAAGCAGGAGUCAGAUUACAGG